UGGAAAAAUUUUCCUCUGUGCUCACAUCAGCAUCUCAAAUAUUCUGUACUUCGAUUGACACUUCAACUUAACCUUUAUUUCUCACGUGUUUUGAAUCUUAGUUUAUAUUGUGAAAAUCAGUGAAAAUGCCGCGAUCAAAAAGAGAUAAGAAAAUUUCUUUGACCAAAACGAGCAAAAAAGGAGUGGCUCUUAAACAACGGAUCAUUGACGAUAUAAGAAGUUGUGUAGAAAAGUUUGAAAACAUUUAUGUGUUCACUUUUACUAACAUCCGAAAUAACACUUUCAAGGAAAUUAGGGAUAGUUGGAAACCCAGCAGAUUCUUCUUUGGUAAAAACAGAGUAAUUGGAGUAGGUUUAGGGAGGACGGUAGAAGAAGAAGUUGAAGAUGGCCUACACAAGGUUAGUAAAUGUUUGAAGGGAGAGAGAGCGUUACUUUUUACUGAUUGUACUAAAGAAGAAGUAUUAGAUUGGUUUAAAAACCACAAAUAUGAUGAGUUUGCAAGAGCUGGCAAUAUUGCCCCAAAAAGUGUCGUUUUAGAAGAAGGACCACUUGAACAAUUCUCACAUGCAAUGGAACCAUAUCUUAGAAAACUAGGAUUGCCAACAAAGUUGGACAAAGGUGUUGUAACUCUGAUCAAAAGUUAUGAGGUAUGUGCUGAAGGUUGUGUUCUCACAUCUGAACAAGCAAAAAUUUUGGAGCUCCUGGACAUAAGAAUGGCUACUUUCCAAAUGUGUCUCAAAGCACAUUGGAGUAAAAAAAAUGGUUUUGAAAAGCUAUAAGUUUAUCAAUUCUUCAAACAGAUGUUCUCAUUACCAACAAUUAUCACUGGAAAAUUAUUUAUGGAAUUGCAUUAUCUAGAGAGAUUCCGCUUCUUCUAUUGAAACAACAUGAAGAAUGAAAAAUAAAAAUUUUGAAUGUACUGGUCCAAAGUGACUACAAAUCGUUAAUGUAAUUUAUUCAAUAUUAAUAAAUGUACAUAGUAGGUGAAGUUACAGAAAACUUUUUUGAAUAAAAAACUUCAAAGAGAA